UCCACCGUGCGACUGACAUGUUGCGAUGUUCCGCGCAGCCAUACGAAACGUGCACUUGGUCUGGAUCAUUUUGUUGCGUCUUGCGCUCGUGCCGCAGGCUGGCUGUAGGUCAGCCGAUGCGGGCAGCUGUCAUGAGGUGAAGAUCGCUUACAUGAUGCGCCAGAUAGGCCCCGUGGAACUGGUGCCAGAAAGACCGGGUACAGGGGAGCCUCUCCGAGUGUGUCUCCACACUGGGCCCAGCUGCUGUACAAGUAAAAUGGAGGACAGCUACAUGGCAGCUGUUCGUAGUGAGAUGCAGCAUAAGUUGCGAUCCUACAGCUUCGAACUCAAGUACCUGAUCGAUGGACAUAGAAAGGCCUACCAAGAAACCUUCGAGUCGCUUGUGUCCUUCACAUCCAAUCUAACGUGCACUCUGUUUGACAGCGCCUACUCUGCUCUCGCGUCAGACUGUCGCCCCGCUGUUUUUAAGCUGUUCAGCGAAAUCAGCUGCCACCUAUCAGGAGAAGCCAACUCUUCACUGAACAACGCAGUGCGCCAAUUUUACAAUGACCUCUUCCCACUGGUCUACCGCCGCCUGCUCAACCCUGGGAUUGGACACAUGUCAGCAAUAUCCCAUUCGUCCUUUUCCACCAAUCGCGAUGACUGUCUACGGAUGACACAGCAGGACGUCAACCCAUUCGGACCCCACCCUCGGCUACUCAUGAACAGCCUGUCUCUUGCUCUCAGGCCUGGUCGAGCACUGAGCCGGCUACUGAGGCUGGCUGGAGAGGUUGUGAAUUCAACAGAGAAGGUGACGUUAUCCAGGGAGUGUGGACGGGGUUUAGUGAAGAUGCAGUACUGUUCGCACUGUAGAGGUCUAACACUGAUACGGCCUUGUACUGGACUCUGUAUCAAUGUCAUGAGAGGAUGCCUGGUGGGUGUUUCUGAGCUCGGCGCCUCCUGGGGAAGUUUGGUGGUGUUGCUCCAAAGAGUAGCUGCUACUUUAGCAACCAGCAGCAACCACAACAGCAUGGAGCUAGCUCUGUUGGCCGUUCGAAACCAUGUGAAUGACGCGAUACUGCACGCACAACUGCAUGGUCCACGAAUCACGGCCACAGUAGAGAAAGUUUGCGGGCCCCAAGAACCUGGUCCUGUGGUUAUGGAUGAAAGGUCAUCCCAACUACACGCUGCAACCCGAGCAACGUUACUCGCCUCAAACAAGUCGGCGGCAACUCAGCAUCCUUCACCUCAUCACCGUUUGCAGCCACAGCCUCAGAGGUCAUUCCCCCUUAAAGGCUCCAGAGGAGACAAAAGUCGAAGCCUGAAAAAACUAUCAAGGGAAUUCGAGAUCUCCAUCCAGCGGUACCAGUGGUUUUUGUCCGAGCUGCCAGAAAUGCUUUGUGAAAGUGAGAUGGAGGUUGAGCAGCACACAUGCUGGAGUGGCGAAGAUGUUGUAGAAAGUUAUGCAGGUCGCGUUGUUGGCAGCACCUUGAAAGGCCAGAAGGAGAAUCCAGAGAUCUCUACACGUCAUACAGAUCCUGCCCUCAAGGAGGUGAAACAAAGGAUGGAGCAGAUAACACAGGAGCUGUUAGUGGAUCUCGGCUGGGCAAGCAAAAAACGGGGAAGGGGGGAGGAAGAGGACGGAGGGAGCACUCAGACAGAUGGAGGCAGUGGAGACGAUUGCGAUGAUGAGGAUGGCUGCGAAGCAUCUGGCGAGGAGAGCGGUGAUGAUUCUUCAAGUGGCCGUAGUCCAGAAGUAAAAGACGUGGCUCCUCCUCCUCCUCGUCGCCCAGUAUCCCCAGUUCAGCAUUCACCUCCACAGGUUGCCAUCCAUGGCUCAGCCCAUAAGUCGACAUUUGAACUGCUAACUGUAGUGAUUCCUCUGCUCCUAACGCUGUCUUCAUGGGAACCCCGCUGAUGACUAGGAGAAAGAUCAGUGGAUGGACCGACUGGGGAGGUGGAAAGCCAACCAUGUGCUGCAUGUUGUGUUGUGGCGUAGAGGUUCAGGAGGCCCGGCUGAACUGUUCAGAUGGAUGGAUGGAUGGAAAAAGCUGCUGAUUUACCACACCUACUGGUGCAAAGAACACCUUUUUUUUUUACAAUUACCUUUAACUGACCUACCUGCAUUUGUGUUUAAUGGUGAUAGGGUAGUUUGCACAUCAUUACUGACUAUUUUUUUGGAGAAGAUGUAAAUACAAGAAUAUAUAAAUUAUAUAUUUAUAUUAAGGGGUUGAAUAGAUAGUAGCCUGAUGCCAACAUUAAGCGUAUUGUUGAACAAAAAGAUAAAAUACUUGGAUAGUAACAUAUUUUCCUCUUUGCUAGAUUUAUUAUUUGUGAGAAUCAGGAGCAGAGAGGUUCUUUCUUAAAAGGCAAAAACAAACCUUAUCUGAUGCUUCUGCUACUUGUAAGUCCGUGCACACUAGUCUUGCAGGGUGUUUCAUCUAGUAUUUUAUGACCAUCUGCCUCCAACAUGUAUCAUUUCUGAUAUUUUGUAAUACUUCUUUGCAGUGCUUGAAUUUCACACCGAUAAGAAACUGGGGUUUUAAUACUAAUGUCCACCUUACUUUUCAGAUUUGAACUUUGAAAACCAUGCAUCAUUGUACCUCAGUGUGACCAUUAGGAUCUGCUUUGUGUUAAUAUAUCAAAGUAAAUCAAUAUAAAGUAUAAUUAUGUUUGUCAUAAGAAAAAUGUAAAAGCUCAAAUGGUAUGAAUACUUUUGCAAUCCAACAGAUGAAUGAAAUGGUCAGAUGAAUGAAAUAGGAAGGCAUGUGUUGGCUGAUGUUGUAGCUUCUAACUUACAAUUUGGGUUUCAAUGUGUUUUCACAUUCACCAAAAUAUGUGUAGUUAUUUCACGUGAUACACUUUAUUUAUGAGCUAUUGUGACGGCCAGAUAAGACAACUUGAGAGCAAAUAUAGAGAUCUAAAAUAAUUGGGGAUCAGGGCUGUUGGGACGCUCCCGUUAUUCUCGUCUUGAGUGUAAAAAAUGUCUUUGUGCACUGGAAUGUUGUUUUUAGGCUGUGGUAGAAGAAGGGUCCACCACUUUCAUGUUUUCAAGGCUAUGUUUGAAUAUAAAAGAUUUAUUUUCGUACACCAUAUUUUUUAUGCAUAUGCAGCGAUUUUGAUGAAAUACUGAACAUUUCCGGAUCUUAGGUGUAACAAUUUAAAGGAAAGCAGCUGGUAAGUGGUGGUAAAAUUAGCUCUUUUUAUAACAAGUUACUAGUAGAUGACAGAUAUCUGAGGUAUAGCUUUCGUAAUUCUAAACAUGAGGAGGAGCAACAUUGCUCAUGUUAAAUAGCACAGAAAUUACUUCCUAUUCUUUUAAUAGCUGCAGUUGUGUUUAGCAUGCACUACAAACUGGUGUGCUUUGAGCACGCUGACCUUUGUUAUAGUAGAAAAAUAAAGCUAUUUCAUUUUCCUACAUCCAUGUUUACCAGCUCUUGUAGUUUAGUCAUGUUUCUGCUAUGUUGCAGUAAGCAUUGCACUCAGAUGCUAACAACCUGCUAGCGACGACUGUGGUCUCCCUCAUGUCUUUCUGAAAACCACAACGCUAAUGUAAACUAACGACCCAAGUGAGAUUCUUACUGCUGUACUAUACAAUGUCCUGCUACCCUGUUGUGUCAUUAAUCAUCAUUGUUGAUGUCCCUAAUAAUAAACUGUUUCCAAAUACAAA